CAUUACACUUUGCUGCACUUUGCGAGCCAUCGUAUUCGUGUAGUUUCUAACCUACACUGAGUGUGUCCUGGCACGAGUAUACAUAUGUACAAAGUCUAAUUUUGAUUUCUGAAAUUGUUACGAUACAUUAACGCCCGGUAGCAAUUAACAAGCAACAUAUAUUGAGAUUAAUCAUUUUUAUAAACGUCGAAGGGGCUUCUAAUUCCAACGAUGUCAACGUUACUUCGAGUGGUCCAUUCCCAAGGAAUUAAGAACAGGCUGACUUUUCUCGCGAAAUCGACGACCGUGAAGGUACACGAUGUAGCGAAACGUUUGGUGUCUUCGACAUCGAAAAAGAAUGAUAAUGUGUCGGAUUUACCGUACCCUGUGCAGAAGCCCUGGAUCAGUUACGGUUUUGAUUACAAAAACAAGGAAGUAGAUCGGCAUAAAAUGCACCUAACAACAUUUGUGUGUGUUACCAUUGGUUUGGUAUUGCAUGCAUUUAUUUUGGGAUACAUGCCGGACGUAACAAUGAAGGACUGGGCCUUGAGAGAAGCGUUUUUGCAACUUCGUUACAGAGAAGAAAAUGGGUUGCCCCUGGUGAAUCCAAAUGUCAUAGACCCAUCCAAGGUCAUUCUUCCUACCGAUGAAGAAUUGGGAGAUACGGAAAUAAUAAUUUAAAUGUUGUCAAAACAAUAUCUAUAUAAGCCUGAACAGUUCUUGCAGAUCCUGUACACUAAUACCAAGAUUAUUGUUCCAUAUGUAUUUAUUUAAUAGUGUUUCAAGUUCUAUCUGCACAUAUGAUAUACAAUAAAUGACUUUUGUU